AUGCAGGGCCUGAGCUAUUAUUCAGACUCCGAUGAGGAGGCCAAGGGCGACCAGCCUUCAGGGCCUUCAGGAGCCCAAGGUGGGCCUGGGCCAGCAGACGCGCUAGCGCAAGCGCAGGCGCCAGCGGCUCCCGAAGAGGCUUCGCCGAAGGAGCAGCCGGAGCUUGAGCUCUCAUCCGUCUCCGUCCCGUCGACGUCAUUCGAAGAGCUCCUUGGCAUCCUGAUUGCGCCGCAAGAGCAGAAGGCCGAGAUCCUGGAGGCCUAUGAGAAGGCUCCUCCGGAAGGGCGUCAGCAGCUGCUGCAGGACGUGCGUGAAAUGGUCAUCAAACAAGCAGAUGAUCUAGCUCAGGAAGAGGAGGAGGCAGAGUUUGCAGAGGAGGCCAUGCAUGAUGCAAGCCAUGGCCAGGUAUCGGACAUACCCCAAGCAGUCGUACCCGAGGAGAAGCUUUCACUGACCCCACAGGCGACUCGAGCGCCUGUGGACGAGUCGACGCCCUUCGAGCAGAUCAUCGAUGCAUGGAUCGCGCAAUCCGCUCGCACUGGCGACGGCCCACCUCCGGAGUACAAGGACGAAAUCAUGCAGGUUUACCAGGAUGCGCCACCGGAAGGGCAGGAGCAGAUGCUGCGGGACAUGAGAGAGAUGGUGAUCAAGCAGGCACAAGAACUGGCAGACGAGGACAUGCCGGCAGUGGCUGAUCCUUCCGGAGACACGAAGGCGAGCGCCGCCGCGAAGGCGCGGUCGGAGGCUGCGGAACCGAGGGCACCGCGUGGUCAAGUUGAGGAGGAGGCGCGGCUCGCGGCCGAGAAGAAAGCAGCCUUGCUGGCGAAAAUGGGCGUCGUUCCCGGUGCUCCUCCUCCGCCUCCCCCCCGGGAGCCAGAGCAAAAAGAGCCCGACCUUCCCGACCCGAAGACGGUGCGCGUCUUCUUUGAGAUCGCCGUUGAGACCAAGUCUAUCGGGCGUAUUGAGUUCGAACUGUUUUCUGAGGUCGUGCCGAAAACAGUGGAGAACUUUCGAUGUCUCUGCACUGGCGAGAUGGGCCGAAGUGUGAGAACGAAGCAUCGGCUGAGCUUCGAGGGUUCUGUGUUCCACAGGAUCAUCCCUGGCUUCAUGUGUCAGGGAGGAGACUUUACUCGAGGUGACGGCACUGGCGGCGAGUCCAUCUACGGAGACAGGUUCAAUGAUGAAAACUUCGAUUUGCUGCACAAGAAAGGAUGUCUCUCCAUGGCCAAUGCUGGGCCUGACACAAACGGAUCCCAGUUCUUUAUUUGCACAGCAGCAACGCCGCACCUUGAUGGCAAACAUGUGGUUUUUGGUCAGGUGCUGAAGGGAUACGAGGUGGUCGAAAAGAUGGAAGCACUGGGCCACAGGUCUGGCAAAGUGGCCAAGAGGGUGAGCAUCCUUAGCUGCGGCGAAAUCGCGACAGAGUCUGCGCCGCCUCCGAAAGUUGCGAGGGUCAUCGACGUGGCGCCCGCAGCGCGCUUGGCCUGUGAGGGCGAGGUGGUGGGUGGUGGCUUAGGCCUUCUCGGACUUCUGAAAGAGGCGGACAACACACUGGCCUUGGAGCAGGUGAAGGCAGCAAACCUUCCACCUCCGGAGGAGCAGGCGUCACCCGAGGAGGUGCAUGUGAUGCACAUCCUUCGCAAGCACACGGGCUCCAGGAAGCCCAAGAACCGCGGGGGCCAACCCAUUACCUGCAGUCAGCAGGAGGCAGAGGAGUACUUGGAGGAGAUCGCAAACCAGUUGGUGGGACUCUCGGCCGAUAAGCUGCGGCAGCGCUUUGCGGAGCUCGCCAAGUCCGAAUCCGACUGUGCCUCGGCCAAGAAGGGGGGAGACUACGGCCGCUUCCAUCGGGGCCAGCGGGAGCAGGCCUUCGAGGAUGCAGCCUUUGCUUUGAAGAUCGGCGAAGUCUCCGACAUCGUCUCAACGAUGUCGGGAGUGCACUUGAUCCUGCGUGUGUUUCUUUACGUGGGCGCUGAACUUCAAGAGCCUGAGCCCUGGGCCACGCUGACCGCGCACGACAGCGUGAUCUUCGAGGACAACGAUUUCGAGGUCUUCGUGGAUGCGAAUGUGGCCUGGGCUGAUGCUGAAGAGCUCUUGUUGCAGUGCUGUGAUGACCGUUUUGUCCUCUGGUCCAAGGCCACGACCCACUUCUACAAGGAGUUUGAGAUGAAUGCUUUUAAUACGACCUGGGACUUAUGCCUGAACAAACCUUACGGCGAUGGUGGAUCUGAGAACUCCACUCGCGUUCUGGGCGACAAAGGCUGGACGAUGGAGCCUCCGCUUCGCUGCGCAAGCAACGUGCAGCCUUGGGGGUCGCUGGACAAUCCGAAGAGGAGGGGUGAGUACUGGACAGUCGAGAUCUGCCGAGGGAUCCGUGAGCUUCUGCUGAAAGGCACUAGAACGCCUCCCCUUGCUGGCGACUUCUGGCGUGCAAGCUUCAGCCGUGUUCAGUGGGGCCUGAAGGUGAAUCCUGACACUGGCCGCUACAAAAAGCAUCCCUCAUGCCAGUCCUGUCCCAAACCGGGGACAGCGCAUGAGGACAAUUGGGUCUGGUCUCCUCAGUAUGCCAUCGAGAUGCAUCGACCAGAGACCUGGGGAAUCCUUCAAUUCGAGGAUUCGCUGAAGGUCAGCGCGACCUACUACCAGGAGUGGCCGAGCCGAGGGGCGGCCAUGGCAGUCUACUACGCGCAGCACGCGUAUGCGGAGAAGCACGGAGGAGCGUUUACAACGCAGCUGCCCGACCUCAUGCAGUUUUCCUCGGAUCCGUUCCCUGUUUGCGGGGAUGCGGACACCAUCAUUAGCAUUGCUGGCGAGGGUAAAUCGGCCGGUUUUGAGGAGAUCGGCGUGAUCAGCCCGUACCGGAUGCAAGUCCUGGGCAUCCGCAAGGCCUUAGGAGGAGCUGUGGAAGUGCGCUCUGUGGAUGGGUACCAAGGCAGAGAAAAGACGGUCAUCAUCUUCUCCUGUGUGCGAUCUGGGUCGGGCAACAUCGGCUUCCUCGCCGACUUCCGUCGUCUCAACGUCGCGCUGACGAGAGCCAAGUCCGGGCUCAUCGUCGUUGGCAAUCCGAAGGCGCUAGCGACCCAUUUCUUGUGGAAGAACUGGCUUGAGUUCAUGCGGCAUUUCGAGCUGACGCUGCCCUUUCACACCCUGACGAUGCGAUUCCUGCGAGAAGAGGAUGGGCUCAGGUGGAUGGAGGGGGAGAUUGUGCAGAAGCUAUCCACCACUGCUUUGGUCAAGAUUCCAAUCCCGGAGAAUCCGGCUCUGCCUGCCGCCAAGGGUAUUCUUGAGCAGUCUGAUGCAGCGCCCGGCGAGUGGCAGCAACUCCAAUUGGGCUCCCGCGUGCAGGUCUGCAUCGUCGGGUGCGAUGAUCAAAUCUCGAGGCUGCGGUUGUCCAUGCUCCCGGAGCCGAAUGCGUCGGCGGCUGCAGAGACACGGACCGAGGAGGAGCCGUGGGAGGCGAGCACUGGAAGGGCUUUCCAGUACCUGCCCACCGACAGGGCCACGGCAGAUCCCAGCAAGAGCUUCAAGGAGGUGCAGCGCCAGAGGAAGAAGGACCGCAAAGCAAAACGGGCGUGGAAGCAAAAUCUGAAGGGAAGAGGACAAUCAAGGGGAAAGCGUCGCCGAUAG